AUGGCAAUACAGAAGCAAAGAAAACCCACAGGAUUGCUUUCGGUGAUUUUGUUGUUGUGGCUCUCAAGUUGUCAUGGUAUCGUUCAGGAAGAACCCAAAGGCUCGUCAGGUUGCUGCGGUGCUUGCUUCCAAGGCCCCGCCGGAACACCAGGCGUACCUGGAAUUCCAGGAAAUCCAGGUGGAAUUGGGGUUCAAGGACCUCUUGGCCCCAAAGGUGACCCUGGGUUUGGCCUCACUGGACCCAAGGGAGAAACCGGUUACCACGGACCGAAGGGAGAUCAUGGCGAGCCUGGGAUGCAGGGACCUCCGGGGAAGCAGGGACCUGUGGGUCGCAAGGGAGACAUCGGUGAGGGUCAGAAAGGUGACCAGGUGGAGCUAGGGAUUCAAGGCCCACAAGGACUGCCUGGUGAAAAAGGGCAAAAGGGCCCGCCAGGAGAGGCUACCCUUGUUACACCAACUGCGCCCUCUGCCGUCGCAUUCAGUGCUUACCGUACGUCUGGCGUUACAGGCAGUAGUCGCGAUAUCAUCAUCUUUGACAACAUCAUGACGAAUCUUGCCGAUGGGUACGAUUCGGGAUCGGGCAUAUUCACAUGCUCGACACCCGGUGCCUAUUUCUUCACGACUAGUCUACAACGCAUGUCAUCAUCGACGCAUCUUCAUGUACGACUGAAAAAGAACAGGGAGAUCAUCUUUGCGAUCUAUGAUAAUCAUGGCAGUUACUUCCAUCAGUCCAGCAAUUCAGCGAUCAUUUCCUUAGCUUCGGGAGAUAGAGUAUGGCUUGAGUUCGCUUCCAGUGGCAGAGGCAUUCGCAGUGAACCCGGGAACAAAUAUUCUUUCUUCUCAGGUUUUCUAAUCCAUGCAACCUAA